GGCAGCCAUGGGUACCACAUGGUGCUGAGAGCAGUGGGGCAUGGCUGCAGCCCUGCAGGUCCUACCCCGCCUGGCCAGAGCCCCCUUGCGGCCACUCCCUUGGAGGGGCCCAGUGGCCCGGCUGGCCAGCGGCAUGGCCCUGCCAGAGCAGGCGCAGCAACUGUUUGAGAGUGCUGUGGGUGCUGUGCUGCCGGGCCCCAUGCUGCACCGGGUCCUGGCCUUGGACCCUAGUGGCAAGCAGCUGAAGGUGCGAGACCGGAGCUUUCAACUGCGGCACAACCUCUACCUGGUGGGCUUUGGCAAGGCUGUUUUGGGCAUGGCAGCUGCUGCCGAGGAACUGCUGGGCCAGCAUCUUGUGCAGGGUGUGAUCAGCGUUCCCAAAGGGAUCCGUGCUGCUGUGGAGCGUGCUGGCAAGCAGGAGAUGCUGCUGAAGCCUCAUAGCCGUGUCCAGGUUUUUGAGGGUGCUGAGGACAACCUGCCGGACCGUGAUGCACUAAGGGCUGCUUUGGCCAUCCGGCAGCUGGCCGAGGGGCUUACGGCUGACGACCUGCUGCUGGUACUCAUCUCAGGGGGGGGCUCUGCCCUGUUGCCGGCUCCCAUCCCACCAGUCACACUAGAGGAGAAGCAGACGCUCACCAAGCUGUUGGCAGCCCGCGGAGCCACCAUCCAGGAGCUGAACACCAUCCGGAAGGCCCUGUCCCAGCUUAAGGGUGGGGGGCUGGCUCAGGCCGCCUACCCUGCUCAGGUGGUGAGCCUCAUUCUGUCAGAUGUGGUGGGAGACCCCAUAGAGGUGAUUGCCAGUGGCCCCACAGUGGCUAGUGCCCACAACGUGCAAGAUUGCCUGCACAUUCUCAAUCGCUAUGGCCUCCGAGCUGCCUUACCACGUUCUGUGAAGACUGUGCUGGCUCGGGCUGACUCUGACCCCCAUGGGCCACGUACCUGCGGUCAUGUCCUCAAUGUGAUCAUUGGCUCCAACGUGCUGGUGCUGGCUGAGGCCCAGCGGCAGGCCGAGCUGUUAGGCUAUAGGGCUGUAGUACUGAGUGCAGCCAUGCAGGGUGACGUGAAAAGCGUGGCCCAGUUCUAUGGGCUGCUGGCCCGAGUGGCUGGAGCCCGCCUCACCCCACCUGGGGCUGCAGCUUCUGAAGAGGAGGAUACAGAACUGCAUAGGUUGGCAGCUGAACUCCAGCUCCCGGCCCUGCAGCUGGAGGAGGCUCUGGAGGCGGUGGCAGGGGCUCAGGGGCCUGUCUGCCUGCUGGCUGGUGGUGAGCCCACAGUGCAGCUGCAGGGCUCAGGCAAAGGUGGCCGGAACCAGGAGCUGGCCCUGCGUGUUGGAGCAGAGCUAGGACGGCAGCCACUCGGGCCUAUUGAUGUGUUCUUUUUGAGCGGUGGUACUGAUGGGCAGGAUGGACCCACAGAGGCUGCUGGGGCCUGGGUCACAUCUGAGCUUGCCAACCAGGCUGCUGCCGAGGGGCUGGAUGUGGCCGCUUUCCUAGCCCACAAUGAUUCACAUAGCUUCUUCUGCCGCCUCCAGGGUGGGGCACACCUGCUAUUUACAGGGCUGACCGGCACCAAUGUCAUGGAUGCCCACCUCUUGUUCCUGCGGCCACAAUGAUGGCAUGGGUCACACUUUGGAAGCCCAGAGGAGGCCUGCAAGGGCAGCAUCCUGGGAACACCAAGGGUGAUUCCCAAGGCCUUACCAGGCUAAGGCCCCUCUUUGCCUUGGCCCUGGCUGUUUGAUUGGCCCUCACAUCUCCUACCCAGGGCUUCU